AUGUCCUCCCAACAAGAUGAUUAUAUGGUAAGUAAGUUAAUAAGGAAACCCCAUUCAAUAUUUGGAAUAUGUUUAGAUUGUGGGAAGGAAAGAAGCGAUGUAGAAUGGUGCAAAGAUUGCGAAAUUAGCGCCUUAAAAGAAAAUUUUAGAAAAUGGACAAGUGGUAACCUUGACAUUGAUAAUUUUAUCCAAUACACACAAUCAAAUGCAACUGGGAUUGUGGAUUAUUUAGAAUAUAUUGAUUUUGAAAAACUAGAAUUUGUGGAAAAAGCAAAUAAAAGGGAUGCCGCCAGCACAAUUUACUCAGCAAUUUGGAUAGAAGGACCCCGAUGGUUAUGGGAAAAAGACGCUGAAAUUUGGUCACGAAAUGGACCCACAAAAGUUGCUCUAAAAAAAAUUAAUAAUGCACCAUAUAUGCGUGAAGAUUACUUAAAGCAACUUUAUAAAUAUCACCAAUAUGAGAACGGUGAAAACUUUUAUGGAGUAACUAAAGAUUAUAAUUCAAAUUACAUGUUCGUUAUGAAAUAUUAUGAGUAUUAUGAAAAUCGGGAUUUAUAUUCAUAUAUUGAUGAAACUCAAGGAAACCAUUAUUGGAAAGGUACCAUUGUAAUGCUUUGGCAGAUAUUGGGAAGAAUAAUCGUCUUUCAUGAAAAGGGAUUAAUUCAUGGAAAUCUUCAUGGAGGUGAAAUAUUGGUUGAAGUUGAAAAUGCAUGGGAAAGUUUUUUAUUUGCCGCUUAUUAUUCGAUAGGGACGCCAUCAAUUUUCCAUGUAUCAUAA